AUGGUGCGCCCAACAUUGUACAAAACUCGUCAGGAGAGAGUGCAAGCUGCAAGAGAAAAGUGUCGUCGCCAUUAUCAAAAGUUUCGAGACGCUAUACUGGCCAAGCGGCGUGAGUCACGCAAAGCAAAAAAAUCCUGUCAAGACAAUGAACCUUCAGAUGAUGAAGAUGAACCGAUCGAAACCUUACAGGAGUGCAUUGCCGUAGUUAAGUACGCCAAGGACGACUUCAUGGCCUAUGUGAAAGUUCCACAAAGAUUCUUCAACCUCCUCGUUGAUGAGUACUCCAAGACAAUGCCCGACCCUGAGUUAUACCCUACCGAGAAUGGAGAUAAGUCUGUAUUUGAACAUGCUAUCACAAACCUGGAAGAAUUUCUCCACUGA